CCAGUAUGAAAUGGAAUGAAAUGACAACUAAUAAUAGACAGCCAAAUAUGAGAAACAAUAUCUUAUUGGACAGAAGUUUUACACCACCUUCGCAUAUCUUCAUUCUAUGACCCAGUAUAAUGUUGUGCUGCAAACAUUUUAUGCAACAACGCUUCAGAAAGAACAUUUUCUUUGAGAGAUAUUUAUGAUUUUUGUCAUUUUUGUUUCGACUCAAUAGUCAAUACCACAGAGUCAAUACUGUUGAAUGUUGACCUCGAAGGUAAUACUUCAUGUAAGCUGCCCCAAUCAGUCCAAAGGACAAAAUGUUAGUGUAUUAUAAAAGUUCGACUUCAGGAAAAUAAUGGUAGUAUGGUACGUUCGCUUUUAGUUCUAUUAUCAUUCAGUAAUAUCAUUGCAUUUAAAUGUUUAACAAUACUAUAAUGAAUGUUUCUUCCUUUGAGUCUUUUAAUGUAUUACAUUUACCAAAUAAGUCAGACAAUGAAUCAAACAUAAUUGAUAUAUUGAUAAUUGAUCCAUCAUAUAUUUGGCAUUUUACAGACUCACUGGGUCUGGGUAAAGUCUACACUCUGCAAUUCAAUGGGAGGGGUGGCUUUGGGGGGUGGGGCGGCGGUUACUGCAUGCCCUCAAUCAUUCUCAUGUCGGACAGAUUCCACUUGAAAUCAUGCAACCAAUUCUACUUUUAAUAAAUGAAGCAUCACUCAGCAGUCUAAAAAGGAAGAAGUAUAUAAUCAUUAUUGUCAUAUAUGUGCCAGCUAUGGUGGAUUCCAUGUAAACUCUAUGCCAAAGAUAUGCCAAUAUUAACUGUAGAUAUAGUAUUGUAAUUUGCCAAACUUAAGCCAAAGAUCUUCGGUGUAAAUAUUGCACUUAAAAUGCGUCAAAGGUAUAUGUUAAUGUGAUGUCUCAAAAAUUUUUUGCCAACGGUGACCUCCCCUCCCCCUUCCCCCCUCGACAGAAAUUAUAUGACGCAAUUUUUUUUGCGUUUGUCAGGCAAUUUUCAUCAACGUCAUGCAAAUUUUUGGCCGCCCCAUAAUUUUUUCCUCCUGUAUGCCCAGCCUCGUCCCCAGACUCCAACUGUCUCACGCCUCACCCACGCGUCUUUGUGGGAUUUCGCAGCCAGACACAGGGCUCUGUCAUCAUGCAUGUUCUUCACAUGACUGCAUGCAUAAUUAAAAGCGCCUGGGGACGAGGCUGCCAUAUGCCUAUUGUAGCCAGAGUGCACAUGCGGGGACUGCCUCCUUGAUGAAAUUGUUGACACCCUUUCAGACUGAGUUCAAGAAUACAGGGAUUACACUAAUUCAUUUAUUGUAAUGUUAAUUUUUAUCUUGCUGCCAUUAAUGUUGUGGCUUCUGUUUUAUAUUUAGCCAUCUACUGUUAAAUGGUCACGGCUCUAUAUAUUAAUACACACAAAAUCCCUUACAAUAAUUAUUAAAACAAAAUAUGUUAUGCUCUAUGAACAAACUCACUUGAAUAUUAGAGAAAGCACUUAUAUGACCUGACAUGGUGACUUGCUUAUGCCACCGCCGGCCAUCGAUCAGAUCUUGUGCCAUUGUAUGUGUUUUACACAAUUCACAUGUAUGUCAAUUCCUUACAUCAUUAGAAAUGCCAAUUUUUGAAAACAGUGUGUUAUAUCUCAUUAUUUUGUGCUGUGACCUAUGGCUAUGUUGAAAUUUUGCACACUGUAUUGUACUGCAAAAGUUUUCAAAUAUACCAAAAAUAACAAUGCCAAUUUUGUUAAAAUAACAAAAUUGGCAUUACAGAAUGUUUUUAUAAUUUGCUUAUUCAAUUGUUAGUCUAUGCACAUGCUUCUUUUCCAACUACACAUAGCAAACUAGUAAAUAGACUAUUUUAGAGUGAAUUUUGAAAACGUGUGUUGCCUAUGUGCUACCAAAGGGGGUGGGGGACAAUGUAUGAUGUCACAACAUAUUAGCGAGCUUAAGCAAACAACGUUUUUGUCAAUACAGAUGUCACCCAAAAAUUGGUAUAUAAAUAAUUUUGGCAGCAGUUUACAAACUGACACAAACACACUUUAAUCCAGUCCCCCCUUGACAAUCUUACGUCUGUGCAAACUCAUAAAAGAAAGUGAUUUAGAAUGAUCAUAACUUAGCAUUACACUUUUUCGUAAUUUCUUCAUUAUAUUAAUUUAAACAUUAAAAAUGCAUGUACGCAUGAAAUUCUAAUCAAUGUGUUCAAAGUCACAGAUAUGGAAAGGAUUUUCGUGACAGCAAUUCCGCUAAGGCUACUGCGGUCUGCAUAUGCAGGAAAAUUGCACCAUUGUGAGUGAAAGAUCUAAUGUCAGUGACAUUCUUAGAUUUGCAACCUUAGAGCAAGAAUUUUCAUUUAUCGUGAGAAUUGAGUGCGAAAUCUUGCGACCGUGAUAUUAUGGUCAAAAUUGUGAACCUCACAGAAACACCGUGAAACUUGGCAAGUCUGAGAGUUAGUAUACUAAAGUUGGAAAAUUACACUACUCAAGAGCUGGGAAAUUUUGUUGAGCCUGUCUUCUUGUUCAUUGCAAAUGGAUAAGUAAUACAGAUUUUGUAUAAUUAUUGGUAAUAAAAUGCCUCUGAAAUACAGGAAUAUAAAGUCUAAAGAGUGUGCGGCUUUAUCUGGUGUAAAAGCUGUAAAGUGCAUGCUUUAGAUAUUUAACGGUCGCGACGGACGUGCAAUUUCCAUUGUCUGCCCCAUUAAUUGUGAUGAACCUAACUGGUUGCUUUUUGUAUCACUUCACACAUUUUUACUUUAUAGCACCAUGAUUGAGUUUGAUGCUUUCAGAGAACCAAUUAUGAAUUGAAUGGGAUGAGUGUCUAUCAAACAGCUUAGACAACAUGUCAAGAGGUUUGAAUGUUCUGUUAAAGUUAAAGAACAAAGCUGUGUCUUCUUUAAAACUUCAACACAAAGUAAAGAAUAUUACAGCAAAAGCAUCAUUAAAGAAUGUACCACCUAAUAUUGCACGACCACCAUAUGCAUUGAAUGGUAUUGUGCCACCAUCACCAUCACGCGCAGAAAUAAAAACUGAAAGUGAAAUCAAACACAUGAGAGAAGCUUGUCAAGUUGCAAGAAAAGUACUGAAUACUGCUAGAGACUUUGUAAAGGUAUUUUACUCCAGCUGAUGUAAAAUUUGAGCUGUUAUUUUGUAUAAUUAUAUUCAUUUUGACUAACAUUAGUAAAAAACAAUGAUCAAGAUUAAGACAGUUAAACCAUACCUAAUUUAUGAAAUGUUUAUCACUGUACAUUUCAUAAGUAAUAUGAUGACAUUCCAUAAGUAAUUUGUCUCUACUCCAAGUUUCACGCAUUACUGCGAUCAUCAGGAGACAUAUAUACUACUGAAACUCAUACAAUUAUAUUCUUUGAAAAACACUGGAAUAUUUUCAUUUACACUCUAUGAACAACAACAAGUCAAAAUGGUGGAUUCUAUAUAAAUUAAGAAUUUAUCACACGAAAUGUUGACGUCACCGCACAUUUUUUCUGUUUAUCACUGCACAAUUAGGUAUGGGUCAAACCUUGGAAUUAACAUCACUGGCAAAACAUGCAUACUCAGAGUUUGAAGAAUAUCAAUAGUCCAGCAGAUACCUAAGUUGUCUGAGGUUUUCCCAAUGGAUUUUUCUACGCUCGCAAAAAAACUCACCUGAAAUAGCAACGGCCUAUUAGACCUAUUAGACUUGAUAUUGUGCGGUAUUUCUGCAAGCGUGGAACAACCUCGGACACCCAGGGUAAAGCCUAGAGGACUAGAAAAUUAAUUGAAAUUUGAGGAAAGGUUUGUUUUUAAGAUUCGAUUAUUUGUACUAUCACUUAUUAACAGUAGUAAUAUUAUAUGACAAACAUCAAAAAGGAUUAUCUGAACAGAGUAUCAAAUGAAGACAAAUUAGUUCGUUUCAUCGCCACAUCUUCUAUUGAUUUUUUAAAAGAAAUCGCACAAAUUUUACGCGGGCUUAUAUUUUUUGAAUUGUACUCUAUUGGAAUACUUAUCCAGGUGAUCUGAAAGUGAGCAAAAGGACUGGGACUAGCAACAGAAUAGAAAUCCAGUUUCGUACCUUUAAUCACUUGUCACGUCCUGAUUCGUUUGUGAAACUGUUUGAAACUUUGUGUCUGUGUCUUGCACAGGGAAGUGAAUAUCUGGGACAAAUUUGAGAUAGAAAUAUAAUACCGUUAAUGAAUAUUGAGUAAUUUUAAACCAGAAAUGGAUUUCUAUUUUACAACUAGUGCCAGGCCUUUUCCGAGUUCUGAGAUCACCUGGAUUAAUAUUGAGUACAGCAAAUGGAAGAGAACCCAUUAAAUAAGAAAUAUUUUGUUAAAUUUUGUAUUUUUCCCGAUGUUCAAAUCGACACACCACAGCACUGUACAAUAUUUUUUUUAUAGGUGGGUGUAUCAACGGAUGAAAUUGACGAAGUCGUUCAUAAUGCUGCCAUUGAAUGUGGGGUUUAUCCUUCACCAUUAAACUACAAAGGUUUUCCCAAAUCAGUAUGUACCUCGGUGAACGAUGUCGUCUGUCAUGGUAUACCUGACAAGUAUGUAUCAGUCUGCAUACAGUAUAUUAUUUAUGCAAAUGCUUAUUUCUCAUUCGUCGUAUCAUUUUGUACGUUAGUUUCAUUAUUGACAUUGCAAAUAUUUUUUUCUUAUUUACCGUUUUCUUUGUUUUAAUACUUUUCCUUUAGCACGAUACUAAAAGAUGGUGAUAUAAUUAAUGUUGAUGUUUCCGUGAGUUAAUUUAUUGUGGGUUAAGCUUUUUUUCAUGAAACACCAUUUCUGCGCAUUACCUCGGGAUCCUGGGUCCAGAGGAACAUUUGUCUCAGCAAAAAGAGUGAGGAACAUCUUCAAUUUUUCACACAUACGUCAUAUGGGAGAAUCUUAAGGAAUCAUUACAUCAUGUAACAUAAUGCGUUAUGCGCACUAUUGAGAAUUGAAAAAUGCAAACCUCAGGAUCUGAGGAACAUUUUCCAGGUCUGCUAUUGCUUGCACAAUUGACCACAAUCCAUUCCUGAGUCAAAACGUAGACGAAUAAAAUAUGCUUUCUUAAUUUGAGUUGCUGUUGUUGUGUAAGCUAAGUUUACACACUGCAAUUUAUCUGGCGAAUGUUAUUGACGAUGUGGUGAUGUCCUCAGAUGAUUCGGUCCCAAGAAAUCGCAGUGUGUGCCAUGCAGGAAAACCGAAAAGACCAAAUUAAGGCAAGCAAUAUAGAGAGAACACCUGGGCCAAGUUUACUAGGCUGGCUUUGGCAGGUUUGGCAAAUUUCGAGCUAGACCGCCCCCAAAGCGCCUAGGUCCCAGUCUUUUCAUGUGAAAAUGUGCCUUAUAAUUAGUCUAGGUCUAGAUUGAGUGAAUGUUACAAUUUUGGUAGAAGACCAAUUAUACUUGAGUUUUACUUCUUUAAUAUACUUUAUGACGAGUUCAUUUCUCCUUCUUGCAUGGAGAAUAUUACCAAUAGUAUGCACCAAAUUAUGAACCAUUUUCUUAAGCACGAGUUUCGCCAUAUUUAUACAUUAAAAUAUUUUCAAUUUAGACAUAUUUAAAUGGUUAUCACGGAGAUCUGUCUGAGACGUUCCUACUUGGUAAUGUAGAUGGCGACGCAAAACGUCUUGUGUCAGUUACCAGGGAUUGUCUUUAUGCUGCUAUCACAGUUUGUAAACAUAAUGAGCGAUUCUCGUUAAUUGGGAAAACUAUAAGGUAUUCCUCUUAUUUCAUUUUCGAUAUUCACGAUACAAUAUGAUUAUAUAUUUGAUGCGAUAUGAAAUAUUUUAUUGCACAGGAAAUAAAUCUUUUUAAGGGACGGACCAUUAGAAAAGUGAUGGGGAGGGUGGGGAAAAAACAGAAAAAAAAUCCAUGCAAACAAAAAAGGUCUGAAAAAAAAUACAUGCAAACGGACUUGUUUAAAAAAAAAAUUACAAACAGAACAACAAUAGAACUUUAAUUUUAAAUGUACACCAGACAAAACUGAACUAAAUCCCUGGAAUAUUCCAGAAUAUAAAUAUAUCAAAAUAUAUAAUAUAUUAAUAUGCAAUUUCUUUCAAUAUUAACAGUAACUCUUAUGUAGUUUUAUUAUAUACUAUCAAAAUAUUUUCUAUUGUAUUUAAUAAUUAAUUCUCAUUCACACUGCCACUGUCCUCAGUGGCGUAACUACUAUGGGCUCGGACCGGGAGAAUCCGGGGGCCACCAACUCCAAUGGGCCCGCAAAUGGGGGGCCCCAGGCUCAGGCUAUAGAGCAAAAACACUGGCCAAGGGCCCCUGAUAUGUUACAAUGGCGUUUCCUGACCAUCAGAAUUCUGUAAAAUCUCUCCCCAAAGUCCGGGAAAUGGUAUUUCAGAGAAUUUAGAUUCAAAAAUUUUCCGGGUGAGCAUGCCCUGGACCCCUAGAAAACUUGUCCAUAUAUGGUGCUUCAAGAUAUAAUUCUGCAGUGUGUAUUAAAGGGAUAUUUUUCUGUCAAGAGAACAGUUUCGUUAACAUUUGUAUUGUUGUACUGGAAAAAAAAUUGCAUGCGAGAAGACAUAUUUAAAAAAAACAUGCAUACACAGCUGACAACCUGGAAAAAAAAUGCAAACAAAAAAAAUUUACCCCCCCCCCAUCACUUUUCUAAUGGUCCGUCCCUAAUUUGAAGUUUAUGUUGUGGGGCUGCGAGCACGCUCCAAGUUUGAGUUUAUGUCAACAAUUCUCGACUCCACUGUUCGUGACUCGGGUGUCCCCAAAACCCCAAAACUAUUGAAAUAACGUAUUGUUAGAAUUGAAUGCCCCAGCACUCUGCUGAACCCACAAGUGCAUAAAAGCUUGACAAUUAUGCAUAAAGAACUGUGGAAAAUCGUGCGCUUUGCAAAGAUAUUUUAAUUUCUUAAUAGGUAUUUAUAAUAUAUGCACCCUGUCAAUAUUUUACGCAUCUUUGCGUUCAGUUUAGUUCUAAGGCAUUCAAAUUCUAACAAUACGUUAUUUCAAUAUAUUUUUUUGGAACACUGCCCUGUAGUGUCUUCAUCAGAGGUAAUCGUCUCUUCGUCAGCAGGUCACAACGUAGCUCCUUAUAUACUCGAAGGAUGACGUCAUCACUCAUUAAGGUGGAUGGGUACUCUUGUAGAAGAUACCCACUGUCAUUUGUAUUCAAAGCAGAUUACAACUUUGACCAGGCCAAGUAGACAGAUAUUUUCAACGUGUUUUCUGUUUGUUUUGAAAAGGAUAUUUUAAAUUAAUUUUGCGACAAUAUGGUCCGACGUCAAAGGUGAUCUUUAUAAUUUGAUUAACUGAUUCUAGCAUUAAUUAUUUAGUUAUAUAGCAAACAAGAAUGGGUUUCAAGUCGUUCCAAAUUUUAUUGGUCAUGGGAUUGGUAGUUAUUUUCAUGGUCCACCGGAUAUUCUGCAUUUCGGUAAGUUUUGGUGGAUAUGUACAUGUACGAGCAUACGUAGAAUUCGCGGGUUUCAGGAAAGGUGCCACCUCUUAAAAGUCCUAACAAUCGUUGAUGGGUGCGCAGAGCGUACGAUGUUGUUUUAGCUUUAGGAUUAUUCACUUAUGCAUAGCAUAAAAUUACUAGGAUAAUGAAGACACAUCAUGGGUGCAGCGAAUGCACUAGCCAACCACAAAAAGACAAUCACUAACUCACCCUCCCUUGGGAAAAAAUGUUGAAAAACAUCUAUACAUUGGGAAUUCUACGCAAUGACAUACGUAGUAUGACUCCGCUGGAUGUCAGUGUGGGCAGGGUGCGAUAAUUCAAGAUUUUUGUUGUACUUGACUGGUAUACUCCAAUAAUUAUUGCCGCGUACUUAAGCUGGUACAAACGUAAGAGUCGAAGUAUAUACUAUACCUUUUAAUAUAAGGUGCAUAAAGCACAGUUGUUUAAAAGUGAUUGAUUCAGUAACCUGAAAGGAGGCUGGAGCACAAUUGCAGAUACAAACACACACAAUAGACCUUAUACACAAUGACGUCACAAGGCAUGAUGCGCGCGGGGAAUUGGUCUUAGUAGUCAAGACAGGAAAAUUCAAAACAAUCCAACUUGGCUACUGUCGCUACUAUUUAGUCCCUAGUGAAUGCGAGUGUGCUGCUGUUCUUUGUCGUCGUUUGGAGGCUGUUCAACCUAAUGAAGGGCGCGGGCAAAGGCAGGAUUCGGGCUACACGCAGUCACACAGUCACACUGGCGCGGGCAAAGGCAGGGUACAGGCUACACACACUGGCGCGGGGCCGGCAAAGGCAGGAUACGGGUCACACACAACCUGGGAUCCUGUGGUUUGACAGCCCUGAAAAUGAAAGUAACGACAACAGUUUUACGUGUUGUACUGUUGUGUUCCUGGCUGUUUUACCAACAAUAAAAGAAAUCCCGAACUAUAUUCUGUUAUAUAUAAAGGAGUUCUAUUCUGUGCUUUAUUAUUGUUAAGCCCCGGUCAAACGAGGAUGAUAGUUGACGAGAUCGAGUUGCAACUCUCGCUCGCGUUUGACUGCCAACAAUGCCAUGCCGAAGAAUACGCAGAAUACCGCGUACCUACGUACGUGAUAUUGGCUGACAACAAAGAAGCAUCGCACCUUGGACUGUAUUGAUAUCCUGAAUUAUGAUUGCUACAGUAUGUUCUUAUUUUGACAAUUUCUUAUCUUGCCUGUUUUAGACAAUGAAAAUGCGGAUAGAAUGAAGUCUGGAAUGACAUUCACAAUAGGUAGUUACUGCCAUGUUUCUUACUACUUAUUUUUUUCAUUGUUAUGUCAAGUUCAUUCACACUCUCAUUUAUAUUCACUCAUCUCACAUCUUCAGCCACAAAAACUUGAUUUUUUCAUUUUAAAUUCCCUUUGCAUAAUUGCAUGUCAGAAGGAUAGGAAAUAUUUUAAUAAUAUCCAGACUUUCCUUACGUUUGUGAGAAAUGUUAUUAUUUUAGAAAAAUCAAGGUGUACAGCUCAGGGUUGUAGACACUUUAAAUUAAAUUCAGUUCAAUUUUAUUUAAUUAAGCACGGUAGCCUGAUCAACUCGUAUAAUGGGUUGUUUUUCACAGGGCAGGGACUUUAUGGCCAGUUCCGGCCUCUUACACUGUAUAUAGUGCUUCAGUUUAAUAUAUAUAUCUAUAUAGCAGAAGCAGAUACGUUUCCAUGCAACAGCUGAUAAUUAUUUAAUGUCAGUGAUAACAAACUUUAUUUACCAGUAACUAGGCGUGGAAUGAUUGAUAGCCAUUCCCACCAUAAAAUAAGGUUUGUUACAUAUUUUUGUCUUGGUUCUAAUUUCCCUUCUAACUCUUUGGCCCUGGAAUAUAUUUUAUUAGCACUUUAUGCAUGGAUCAAUUCCUGCGGUUACCAUCCCCCCCCGGGGCAAUACCCCCGGGAUUUGUAUUUUUUUGCAAGAAUGUAGUAAAUUCCCCACCCCCGGGACUUUAAAACUUGACAAUUCCCCACCCCUGGGCAUCGCUAAAAAACUAAAAAUAAGAAAUAUCAAUAAGCAGUUUAUAACACACAUUUUUAAUAAAUUAUUCAUUAAAAAAUCUGUGAUUUGAAGCUCGAUUUGAAGAAUCGUUCUUUAAAGUAUGUUUCGAAAGUUUUAAAAAGUUUAUUUUGAAAACAAAUUGUGUUACAAAACGUAUAUUGUACUAUUGAAAAAAAGAUAAACUACCUACCUUCAAAAAUAGGUUUCAACUUUUGUAAGUUGUUUUUUUCCAACCAUUCGCCAACAAAUUCGCACGAUUUUCCCGAAAAAGCUUCUUGAAUUGAGCACGAGGUAGUCGCCAUUAUGAAUACUUUUGGGCGUGCGCUCACUGAACUAUAUACAUGUCACUGGAUGCGCUAGCCGCUAGAUACGCGGUCAAAACAUGGUCCUGGAUACGAGUUUUGCUUUUUACCCCGGGGAAACCCCGGGACAAAAUUUUCUAACAAUUCCCCACCCCCGGGAUUAAAGUUUCUGCAUUAUCCCGGGGGUUGCCCGGGGGGGGGGGUGAUGGUAACAACAAGAAUUGAUCCAUGCAUUAGCCUUACAUUGCCAAUAGACCACUUCCGCAAUUCAGAUAGGUUUAAAUUUCAUGUGCACUUUAAUAAGCCUUGCAUCUUCUUGGCCUCGUUCGGGUUCAAAAAUUCAUUUCAAUUUCAGUCACAGAAAUGAGGCCAAGAAGGCCUGAAAAGAUAUCUAAACGCAUCUGUAUUAUAAAACAGGUCUAUGAGAUUUUUUCUUCAAAGUUGGUCAGUUCUUAUUUGAAUCGCAAUUAUUGCGUCUCUUUCAGGCAUUCCAUCAUUCUAACUUGUCCAUUUCAUGUAUUUGUUCCAGAACCAAUUCUUAGCGAAGGUUUUCCGGAUUUCGUAAUUCUUGACGACGGCUGGACAUGUGUCUCUUGCGAUGGUAGCAGGUUAGUGGAUGUCUAGAUAGUAAAGCCAUGAAAUAUUGAUGUAUUUGAUAAAUAUGAUGGUAUAUAUAUAUAUAUAUAUAUAUAUAUAUAUAUAUAUAUAUAUAUAUAUAUAUAUAUAUAUAUAUAUAUAUAUAUAUAUAUAUAUAUAUAUAUAUAUAUAUAUAUAUAUGAUGCAACAACCAUCACUUGUACACAGCCAGAAAUCUCACAGGCCUGUCGCAAGCUGUUGAUUUUACCGGCUUGCGGCAAGUUGUCAACAAGUCGCGACAGGUCUGUUGGUUUCGUCAGGCGGUAACAGGCUUGCGCGGUAACAGGUCUGUCGCAAGCUGUUGACAACAGAGCCGUAGCGACUUGUUGAAACAACCCGCUACAAACCUGUUACUAACAAGAGAUAACAGGUUUGAUAGAACAACUUGCAGCAAGUCUGUUGAAAUCAACAGGUCUGUUCCAACCUGUUCCAACAGACCUGUCGCGAGUUGUUUUUGUCAAGUCUGCAGCAAGCUUGUUAUCAGCCCUGCGACAAACCUGUCCACAACAAACAAUUUUUGUCCUGUCACAACAAGUUUCAACAAGCCUGUUGUAGGGAAACAAAUCGAAAAUGUGAGUAAAGAGAUAUAAAAUCGCACGAAAUGGACACUUCCGGCUUCACUUUCUCAUUUAAUCAUUGUCAUUGGUGGCAAUAUUAAAUCACAUAGGAGAGAUUAUAGUCCAUAGUAUCUAUUCUCUGAUUAUUAUAAAAUGCAAAAGCCGCUGUUUUAUUUUUUUUAAAAAAGUUCCGAUUUCCAAAAUCCAAAUUCCAAUUUGCUGACGUGUGCUAUCGCUAUAUUUCUUUAAUCUGAUUGGAUAAACGCGUAUGCACACGUCAUCAUUCCUCGUUGCAAUUGGGCGAAAUAUUACAAACAUAUCAAUCACGUAAUCAUGUUUAGUUGUUUUUGAAUUUUGAGCCAAACAAAAUUUCAACAACUGCCUCAAACAAAAUCAAACAAGUUCAAAGCUGUUUUGAUUUUUGAAGAAACUGUAGCAAUGAGAAUACAAGAUCUAGAGCUUAAGAAAUGAACAAUACAUGAACAACCGAGUGUUCACUGCAACGUUCGUCAUUGCUGAUAUGAACAUGAAAUUCGUUAUAUAAUUUCUUUCCAAUUUCAAGUGAAAUCUGCGAGCUUAGAAGAAGACGCCUUAUUGAAGCUUUGUGUUUAUGGUAUGUACUGUUUUGAAGAAAAAUAUGCAAGUAGGUUGUCAUAUUUCGGUCGUACUUCAAGACAAAUAAUUUUGAAAAUUGUUUACGAUAAGAACCUUUCUUGAAUUUGUCGUAUUUUUUCGGCUGUUUUGCUCAAAAAUUAUCUCGCAAGUUUGUUUAUAAAACUUUAUAUUCAUAUAUAAAAAUCAUCUCGCAAGUUUGUUUAUAAAACUUUAUAUUCGGCAUAUAUAAAAAUUAUCUCGCAAGUUUGUUUAUAAAACUUUAUAUUUCAAACUUCUAUUUUACGAAACACUACAACCGAAAUAUGGCAACCUGUUUGGCCGUUUUUUGUUCAAAAUAGUGGAUAGACAAGCUUCAUAAGGCGCUUUCCUCGGUUUGCAACAGGUCUGUCGCAAGUUGUUGAAAACAGCAUUGCUGCAGCUCUGUCACAACAGCUUUUAACAGACCUGUUGAAAACAGCAUUGCAGCAGCUCUGUUACAACAGCUUGUAACAGACCUGUUGAAAACAGAUUUGCAGCAGCUCUGUCACAACAGCUUGUAACAGACCUGUUGACAGGCCGUUGCAGGUCUGUCAGAACAGACAGGUACAAGGCGAGCGAACGCAUCCAGAUAUCGGCUUGUUGACAACAGGAUUUAACAGAUCUGUUGCAGAUCUGUUCCGACUUGCGCGUUUCUGGCUGUGUAUAGUCUGGAAGUUACAAGUAGUGUGGUGGCAUAUUUUCAUUAUUUUGUGUGUACAGUCUAAUACGUUCAAACGUUUGUAUAUACUUCAUCACUUCAGAGCAAUCAGUCAAGUUUCCUUAUUCCAACCUUUCUUCCUUUGUUGUCGAAAUUUGGUGAGCUGUGGAAACACAAUCAUACUGCAAAUGUUGGAUGAAAAUUUUUAAACAAAGUCAGACACGAUCCAACAUCAGCCAAAAUGGUGUUCGAACGAGGCCAGCAAUGUUGCAUCUAGACUUGGUUCAAGUCCAUCUUUCAAGGGGUUGAAAAUAGUGAUGCACGCGAGCGGUGAAAAAAGGCGCGAAAAUAUGAGAGAAAAAUAGGGAGAGACAAGGAGAGACAGACUUGGAACUUUUGCAAGCGCGCCAAAAUUUACCGUCGGAUUUUUCCUAUGGAGGCGUGAUUUGCGAGUUGACAACAACAACAAAUUUUCGCGCCAAGUAACAUUCGAAAUGCUGCAAAUGUCCCAAGUCCGUCUCUCCCUACUUUUCUCCUGAGAAGGACUUGAACAAAGUCUAUGUUGCAUCCAACAAUGUUUGACCAACAUCUUGUCCAAUCGCCUCGUUUGAACGAGCCUUAAAUUCAAAAACUCGGAAUGACAAUGUGAUGUCUUUAUGUUAUAUUUAGGUCAGCGCAAUUUGAACAUACGAUACUCAUAACUGACACAGGAGCAGCAAUUUUAACAGCUGAUGAUACAACACGUGUCUGACUGAGCGGCAAGUUCUGGAUGGAACGCUUGAAAUAUUGUUCUUAAACUACCUUUGUAAUGAAGAUCGGUUCAUUUCUGUUUUUAUGACACAUUGGGAAGAACAUUUAAACUGCUGACAGUAACACCGCGGAAAAACGUCUGCGCAUGCGUCAACCUUACCUGCAAUAGUAUUGCGAACUUGAUGAGAAGCUGUUCCGAACGUUCCGGAAGGCUCAAAAUGGCGGUAAAAAGGAGUGACU